AUGCUUCAGAAAAAUGUUUGUAUCCUGGGUCUUACACCUGGUGAAGUCGAAUGGCUUAGCAACCAUAUGGGUAAUACAGUGGAUAUUCACAAGGAAGCCUACAUGUUGCACGAAUCAACUAUAGAAAUGGCUAAAGUGUCCAAACUGUUACUUGCAAUUGACCAGGGAGUGGUUGGAAACUUCAGCGGAAAGUCAUUGGACGAAAUUGAUGUAGACAAUAUUCCUAGGACUGCUUUUGAUGAAAAAGAUGAUGUUGAUUGGGAUGAGGAGGAUGGUGAAUGCAGUGUUCAAAGUGAACAUGCCAGUGAUUCCAAUGGCCAUUUGAAGCUCUAUCUAAAAAAGAGGUCAUUUAAAACUCAACUGUCAACUCCAAGAAUGACAACAAAAAAAACGAAAGUUACAAAAACGCCACCAGAAGAACCAACACCCUCACCACCAUCACCAUCAAGAACAACAACAACCCCUGGAAAUGAUGAAGAAAGAAAAGUUGGAAGAAUAUCCCCGCCACUCCCACCACCUGUAACGCAGUCAACAACAACAACAAUGGGCGAAAGAACGUACAGUGAUUUUAUAGACAUUUUAAACGAUUGGGUUUUGAAGAGAGCAGGUGUUGGGAAGAUGUACCUCCCAAAAUAUUAUGAAGGGAAGGAACGUAAGGAAUUUCUUGAGGUAAUGAUGCCUUAUUUAAAUCCUACACUCUUUUUUUUACCAUCGUCAUCUGAUGCUGGUUGUCAGGAAAAUGUUGUGCAGGAAACGCCUCCUUCACCACCUCAUCAAUCUGUCAUAGUGGUGACUGAUCAGCCGCAUACGGUACGGGAUAGUCCUCAUUUAAGGGAUCUGCUGCAACGAUCCAGCAAUAUCGAUUUGGAUCAUGAGGAAGAAAAAAUACCUCCUUCGCAAAUUUAUCGUCCCGAUGGUAAAGACCUGAAUGAGGUGUUUUUUGUUCCUGAAUUUCAUCAGUGUGUUGCUGGAGAUCAGGAGGCGUUGGAACAAGAACAUCUGACAACUGAAAUGCCUCAACCAUCUGAUGAGGAUGUUGUUCUUGUUCCAGACUCUCCUGAUCUAGUGAAACAGAUGCCUGUCCGGGAAGAUAGCAAAGAAAAAAUACCUCCCCUAAACAGAGAAUUGGAGGGGGUGCCGUGCACACCAGAGGAUCUUGCUUUGCUAGACUUCUCGGACUUGCUAUAUUAUGAAGAAAAUAGGAAGUGCCAUUCAAAAAGAGACAAAUUACCAAACGGAUUGCCUAUGACAGAAAAUUCGUCAGAUGGGGACGUCCUGAAAUAUCUUUCAGGAUCGUUUCCAGAUAAUGAAUCAAAUGUAACAGGCAACCAAUCAGAAUCACCACUCUGUACACCAAUUGUAAACGUGGAUUCUGAUUCUCCUCUUCGAGGUCAAAUAGUUCAUAAUCUCUUUGAUGAGAUUACGAAUGGGAAAGUGCAACUUGAGGGGUUGCAAUCAUCACAACUUGGGCAGGAUGUCCAACUCCAGCAGUUUCUGGAGUCGAACAUCCUCACCAAGGCUGAGGAGCGUUCAUCACUUACAACUAACAAGUUGCAAGAGGUGAAUGAACCUCAUACCUCUCAAGUUGCAUCGACAUCCUCCGCUUAA